AGAUGUAUUUAAGAUUCAACCUACAUUUUUAAAAAACAAUGCAUGUUUCUCUUGCUCCAGAAAAUUAGAGAAAUAGGUUUUUGAUAAGCAGUGAGAAUUUGCUUAGCUCUGAUCCCCUAGGGUAGCAUCCAGUGCAAUAUGUUGCCAUACUUGCUUCAACCUUAUGGAGAGGUGGGAUCUACUUCUCCACUGCUUUACACGUUGCGUAGCCAUCUGCAUCUGUUGCAGAUUCUAUUUAAAAUUCAGCGUUCUGGAUCUGGUAGCAAUUUCUUUAGUUUGCGUAUAUAUAACUGCACAAGGAUACAGCAGUGCAGAACAAGAUACCUGGUGUCCAAUCCUUAUUCCAGGUUACAAGAAAAAGCGUACAGAAGAGGAGGUCGCUAUCAACUACUGCUGCACAAAUUUAGUUUAUGGUGGUGAGGCCAUCAACACCAUCCUGCUCUGCAGGAUCAUCCACCUGGGCAACAUGGAUCCCCAUAUCACCAGAUUUGCUGCCAUGGGCUUCCCCAACUGCAGGGGGGGGGGCAUUGGCAGCACCCACAUUCCCAUCCAGGCUCCUGACCCCCAGGCACCCAACUAUAUCAGACACAAGGAGUACUUUUCUAUGGCCCUGCAGGCCCCCAUGGACCACCAAGGCUGGCUCACAAACAUCAACAUCGAGUGGUCAGGGAAGGUGCAUGACGCCCAAGUCUUCCGCAGCUCCAGCCUCUAUGAGAAGAUGCACAUUGUCACUUUUUUUCCCGACCACAUCAUCAGGUUUGGAGACAUUGACAUGCCAAUGUGCAUGGGGAGGACGCAGCCUACCCUCUGCUCUCCUGGCUGAUGAAUCCCUACAUGGGACACCUGGACCAAAGCAAAGAACGUUUCAAUGUCAGGCUUAGCAGGGCCCACAUUGUGGUGAAGGGCAUCCUUAGGCACCUGAAAGGGAGAUUCUGCUGCCUUCUCACUUGUUUUGACCGCGACGUGCAGAAUGUCCCCCAAGUGGUGGCGCCUUGUUGUGUCCUGCACAAUAUUUGUGAGAAAAAGGGGGAGACAUUCCUGCAAGGGUGGGGGGCAGAGGCCAAGUAGCUCAGAAAGGCCUUUGAGCAGCCACACAUGGCUGCCAUCUGGCAGGCCCAUCAGGGGGCUGUGUGCAUCCGAGAAACCCUGAGGGAGAGUUUCACACAACGACCCCAGUGAGACUCUUCCCAGGCUUCCCCACAAGAGGCCUGUGCAUUGCCCCAGGGUGCCUCUCUUCCCUCUCUCCCCCUCCCACAGUUGAUACAAUAAAGCAGACUUUUUAA